UCGGCAGGGCCAAGCCAGCCAGCCGGCUGUCGACAGCAAAUGGCACAGCUGUGUGAAGUGGAUAAGCUGUGGAGCAACUUGGUGCUCCCCUGGCCUGGUGCCAGCCUGCUGCUUCCUGCAACUGUGUUUGGGAAAGGGGUGGGGCUGGUGGCGGAUAGGUAGCGCAGCCUCGGGUGCAGCUCGGCCACGUCUUCCCUUGGAAUAACAGGACAGGACCCCAGGAGAAACAAACACCAGGAGGCUGCUGGGAGGCCGGCGACUCGGCUACUGCACCCUCAACCAGAGCCCUCCUAAUACCUGCAUGGAAGUCACAGGCUACCAAAGCAAAACAUGGAAGAUCAUCCUCUGCCACUUUUUCUCUCUGCUGACCGUGGGAAUCCCACUGAUAGUUUUCCACUGGAAGCCACACCUCAAAGUCCAGGCCAAAUGCAGCCGCUGCCCCCUUCAUCAAGCUGACUGGGUCGUCAUCCGUGACCAGUUUGGCCAGUAUUUCACAGCUUGUGUCCGAACAGAGCAGAUGAGAGAAGGCAGCCUCGAGUACGGAAGAGAUGGUGGAGGAGACAGCAUCGCUGUGGGUAUGUUUGAGGACGAAGAUGAAAGUCGAGAUACGAUUGGGCUCCAUCAGAAGGAGGAGAAGAACGUCCUUCGCUACUACCAAUUUGAAGGUUUGCGCUAUGUCUGGAUUGAGAAGUGGGGUACCUUCUGCAAGGCCAGUGUGUUGGAUGAAAGCUGGACUUUCUCAGAUAUCCACCUCUCCCUCUGUGGACUAAGCGCUGAAGAACAAGCUGUCAGGAGAAAGAUUUAUGGGCGGAACCUGAUCGAUGUACCUGUAAAUUCUUACUUCAGGCUGCUGAGAGAUGAGGUCUUGAACCCGUUUUACAUCUUCCAGAUUUUCAGCAUUGUCUUGUGGAGCUUUGAUGAGUACUAUUAUUAUGCUGCCUGCAUCUUCCUCAUUUCUGCGGUCUCCAUCGGUCUCUCGCUCUACGAGACGAGGAAGCAAAGCAUCACCCUGCAGAAGAUGGUGAAGAUGGCCGUCAACCUGCAAAUCCGCAGAGCCUCCGGAGAGAUGGUGACAGUGAGCUCCAUGGACCUGGUGCCCGGCGACUGCAUUGUUGUGCCCCUGGAUGGAAUUCAGGUCCCGUGCGAUGCCGCCUUGCUGACAGGCGAGUGCCUGGUGAACGAGAGCAUGUUGACCGGUGAGAGCAUCCCAGUGAUGAAGACCUCUUUGCCCGAAGGCCCCCAAGCGACCAGCACUGUCUAUUCCCCUGAGGAACACAAGCGCCACACGCUGUUCUGCGGAACGCAGGUCAUCCAGGCAAGACCCUACGUGGGCCCAGAGGUUCUGGCAGUGGUCACUCGCACAGGCUUUUACACAGCCAAAGGAGACCUCAUCAGCUCCAUCCUUCACCCCAAGCCACUCAGCUUUCGGUUUUAUAAAGACGCAUGGAAGUUUGUUGGUUUCCUCACGGUCCUGGCUGCUAUUGGUACUGGCUACAGCAUCUACAUCUUAUACCGAAACCAGGAAACGCUCCGGCAGAUCAUUCUGCGUGCCCUGGAUGUCGUGACGGUGAUUGUGCCCCCGGCCUUGCCGGCUGCGAUGACGGUGGGCACCAUUUAUGCCCAGAACAGGCUGAAGCAGCAAGGGAUCUUCUGCAUCAGCCCCCCACGGAUCAACCUCUGUGGGAAGGUGCGCCUGGUCUGCUUUGAUAAGACAGGGACCCUCACGGAGGACGGCCUGGACAUUUGGGGCGUGGUUCCCCUGGAGAAUGGCUCUUUCUUGCCCCUCGUCCAUGAGCUGCGCAGCUUGGACAGCGGCCCGCUGCUCUGCUGCUUGGCCACUUGCCACACCCUCUCUUGGCUUGGGGAGCAGCUAAUUGGAGACCCUGUUGACCUCAAGCUGCUGGAAUCCACUGGAUGGACCCAGGAGGAAACUGAAAGGGACGAAGCAGAGGCAGAAGCGACCCAGCUUUUUGGGACCAGAGCCCUGGCGGUGAUGAGGCCUCCACCACUGGGGGAGCAGCUUCAUGGCAAGGAACACCCGGCGCCCGUGGCUAUUCUCCGCCGCUUCCCGUUUUCCUCAGCCCUGCAGCGAAUGAGUGUUCUGGUGAAGCCCACCGGUGGGGGGCAUUUGCAGGCGUACAUGAAGGGGUCUCCAGAGAUGGUGGCCAGCCUCUGCGAUAAGGAAUCGGUCCCUGCGGAUUUCACCCAGACUUUGCGCCAUUUCACCAGCGACGGGUUCCGGGUCCUUGGGCUGGCUUUCAAGCCCCUUGCUGCCAUUGGGACAUUCGAAGAGGCCCAGGACAUGAUAAGGGAUGAUGUGGAGAGCGGGAUGGUCUUCCUGGGGUUGCUGGUGAUGAAGAACGUUCUUAAGCCCGAGACUGCUCCAGUGAUCCACUUACUGCACAAUGCAGACAUCCGAACCGUGAUGGUCACAGGAGACAACAUGCUGACUGCUGUGAAUGUGGCCAGGAGCUGCCGGAUGGUGAAUGCCAAGGAGCGGGUUCUCUUCGUCCACGCCGCCCCUCCUCGCGGCCGGGAUGAGCCGGCUGCCCUCAGAUUCGUCCCUUCCGAGCAUCACCUGGAGCAGCCCGAUGGUUCGUACCAACGGGAGAGCUACUUCCUGGAGCAGCAGCACCCGUACCACUUGGCCGUUAAUGGGCAAUCCUUCGCGGUGCUUUGCGAUCACUUUCCGGACCUCCUGCCGAAGAUACUGGUCCGGGCGACCAUUUUUGCACGGAUGUCGCCCGACCAGAAAACUCUCCUGGUCCAGAACCUGCGAGACCUGAACUACUGCGUGGGGAUGUGUGGGGAUGGUGCCAACGACUGUGGAGCUCUGAAGGCAGCUGAUGUGGGCAUCUCGCUCUCCGAAGCGGAAGCCUCCGUGGCGUCACCAUUCACUUCCAAGAUAGCCAACAUCGAGUGUGUCCCCAUUGCCAUCCGGGAAGGGAGAUGUUCUCUGGUCACCUCCUUUGCGGUCUUCAAAUACAUGGCACUCUACAGCCUCGUGCAGUUUGUCUCUGUGCUCCUGCUCUACACGAUCAACACCAAUCUGAGCGACCUGCAGUUUUUGUUCUUUGACCUGAUCAUCACCACCACGGUGGCUGCUCUGAUGGGCAGGACGGCGCCAGCGAAGGAUCUGGGCUCCAAGCGCCCGCUAGGAGCCCUCAUCAACAUCAUUGUCCUAAGCAGCCUCGCCCUCCAGACCAGCCUCUUUAUCGCCAUCCAGGUCACCAGCUACUACAUCACUGUCUCUCAGCUGUGGUACGUCCCCUUGAACAGUACGGUGGCAGCCCCUCAGAACCUCCCGAAUUACGAAAACACCGUUGUCUUCUGCAUUUCCGGAUUCCAGUACCUCAUCCUGGCAGUGGCCAUGUCCAAGGGGCAGCCCUUCCGCAAGCCCCUCUACACGAACGUGGUGUUCUUGAUAGCCUUAAUCAUCCUUUUCGGCCUCAUGAUCUGGUUAACCCUUUACCCGCUGGGCUUCAUGAGAUACCUCUUGAAACUGAAGGCCAUUGACGACCUGAACUUCAAGCUCGCUCUGCUGGGGAUGGCUGCUCUCCACUUCUUCACAGCCUUCAUGCUGGAGACCUGCCUGGACCAUGGGCUUCUCAAUGGCCUCCGGAACCUGUGUGGGAAAAAGUCGUCGAAGAAGCUCUUCAAAAGGCUGGAGAAGGAGCUGAGCCAGCAGCAGCCCUUGUGGCCUCCGCUCCACGAACCCAUCUUUGCCACCGCUGCUGCCACCCAAAUCACCCCUGUCAUGAGGUGACGCUGGGCGCAGACACACAUGCCUGUGUGGACAUGAAAGAGGGCGGUGCCUCUUCGGCGCCUUCCCUUGGUACGGGACCAUUUUAUUUAUUUCCACUGGUCGCUACACUGUCCUUCAUUCCGCCGCUGCCCACUUGGCAAAAGACCCCGGAAACGACACUCCUCCUCCAUUAAAAGUCCUCGUGUUACCUGCUCCUCCACUAUGCCAAGGUGGAGGUGCCCCUUCAUAGCAAGAGACGUCAUGCAGGCUAGUUGUCUCCUCCAGGGGAGAAGCCCCGCCACCCAUUGCCAGCCGUCAGCUCUGAAAUCUGAGACCUGCCUGGGAGUGGAAAGAGUUGUACCUCACCCGAGUAGAAAGCUUGCAGGCGGCCAGAUUUGGGUUGGUCCGUCUCCUGGUGCGAGAUGGGGGCAGGCUAUGCCACAUUGCCAUGAGGGAACCCAACGUGUUUCCUCCCAGCCAUUCUGGGCUUUGUUUUUGAGCCUGGUUGGCAACUGGAUUCCGGCCGAGCUUCCUUAGAGGGUUUGCAGCUCUGGAAGAAUUCCAAAGAGUUUGCAACCCCUAGGAGGAGGCCUUGACUGGUACAAUUUUUGUGGGGGCGCGAACCAGGCAACCCCAUGCAGGUGACCCCAGCCCAGCCCUCCUGCAUCAGCCAGGUGGGCCGACAGCUCAGCAUGGCUCUGCAUUGCUCCGGUGGAAGUAGGGUCACUCCAGCGGCGUUGCUGGUGAGGGCUGGGUUACCCUCCCUCCCUGCCCACCUGGUGCACAAACACACACUGCCCCGGGUGCCGGAAACCCAACGCUACGCCAUUGGUCCCUCUUGAAGCACUGAGACCCCCACUAGUGCCCCGGAGCGCCUUCCUGUGGGUGGGGUGGGUGGGGGUGUGUUAGGAGCCAGGCAGCUCUUUUCCUCUUUGAUUGGCCCAGAUGUGCUGGCCCCAUUUCCUCUGUUGAAAAGAGAGCAAUGGUGCCGCCUGUACUCGCCCACCGUGUCCCUCCUCCGUGCCAGAAUUACUGGAAAUUGUAGCAAUCUGCACCAGCCUCGAAAUGAGAAAGCUCACCUGGGCUGUGUGUUUGUAUGUGUGUGUGGUUUGCAAUAGGGCUAUCCUUAUCCCACUCCGCAAGAAAAAUUUAAAAAGUUUAUGUGAAAGGAUGGAUGCGCUGAGUGUGAGAGAACCCAGUUCCGUAUGGUUAUGAACGAGUCUCACAAUAAACAGAUGAUAUUUUCCGGGCAAUUCUGUUCUUCCUUCUAACAGAUACAUAUCCUGCUUUGUGAUUAGUUCACAGACUUUCAGAGGGAAGCUGAUAACUUAAAAGCCACCCUUAGGGGAAAAAAAGCAUAGUAGUGCAGAUGCACCCAUAAUGCUUGAAAGCAGCGGCACAGUGGGGAAGAAUGCUAAAUUUGGCUAUAAAACGACGAAAAGAAAACCCAGCUCCAGAGUCAAAGAACUGAGGAAGGAAAGAGUUGCUCUGUUGGGCUCAGCCGGGUCUCUGCCUCCCUGGGAAUCACAUCGGGCUGGUACACCCACAAAGCAAAGUGAAAAAGUUUGCUUCAUCGAAGCACCUGAGAGGGGCGGCAGCUGGAGGAUGAGAAGCUGCUACCCCACCCACCUGCCCUUUGGCUCUCAUCCUGGCUCUCUUGUGCCUUCCUGGAGGGUUUCCCAUUUUGAAAAUCACAUGGUGUUAUGAUUGUUUCCCCCUUGCCUCAAAGGAACAAGAGGAUAGGAGGAGGGGGUGAAGUUGUAACAGUACGGUACGGUAUUCAAAACGGAGCCCUGGAAAGAAGGGGACGUGGCAGAAUUGCUUGCCGCGUGGAAGUGGCCGAGGGACAGAGGCACUGGGGGGGGGGGCAGGUUUGGCUCAGAUUCUGUGGUGGCGUCUCAGGCAGCUGCGAAUCAAGGACUGGCAUGUACCACAAAGGGUUGCUGAGCAGCGGUGAGCUGAGGCAAGGACCUCACCCCAUGCCCCCACAACCAGGAGCGGCCCAUUUUGCUGCCAAAGGCAAAGGACAAAAUGUUGCAUUCCCCCUUCUGCACAAAAUCGUGACUAAACAGGGUCCUUUAUCACACCCUGAGGGCAGCAAGGGAGCUUAGGGGCUGCAGGGCAGGCCAAGUGACACACAUUUUGAGUCACUUUCCGCCUCUCGGAAUUUGCUGCCUCGGGGAAGGGCUGGUCCUGCCCAAAACAAGGAUGGGGUAAAAAAAAAAAAGAGAAGAAAGUGUGUGAAUGCAACAGGCGCCACCUUCCUUCAUAUUUCCCUGGCUUGCCUCGUUUUAAGUACCAGCCACCCGCUCCUGUCCACUUAAAAAGAAUGUGAAGCACCCUAAUGCAACAGACAGAAUUGUAAAAGAAAACAGAGUCCCAGAAAAAAGGUUAUAAACACUUGGAAGUGAUUUCACAGGUUUUCCAUAAUUUCACGUUCUCCUAAACCAGGCAUCCCCAAACUGCGGCCCUCCAGAUGUUUUGGCCUACAACUCCCAUGAUCCCUAGCUAACAGGACCAGUGGUUGGGGAAGAUGGGAAUUGUAGUCCAAAACAUCUGGAGGGCCGAAGUUUGGGGAUGCCUGUCCUAAACCCUAACCCUACAGAAGUCAACGAGGCUAACUCCAUAAACGUGCUUAGGAUCAUACUCUCAGCUACAGUCACACAGUGCUUUGUGUAAAACCAGAUACCAUAGUGCAGGCACGGGCAGGCUUCAGAUUUGAUUUUUUUUUUAAAACAAAACUAGGGCUCCAAGAUCUAACCAGAACCAGGUGCAAAAGUCAUACAGUUAGAACAAUAAAAAAAAUUCCUUCAGUAGCACCUUAAAGACCAACUAAGUUUUUAUUUUGGU